AUGAAAAUUCUCUUAAGAGAAAUUUAUGAAAAAACUAAAGAAGAUUUAGAUAUAGUUCAACAGCAACCAUUACAAUUACCUGAAAAUUCUCUUCUUCAAAAUAUAUUUGCUAAUCGUUAUCGACCUGUCAUAUAG